GUGGAUAGUAUGGAUAACUAAGAACUGGAUAAGCCCCGAAGUGACCAUUGGAGAGAGAGAGAGAGAAAUGGCGAGCCUUUCCUUUGCUAUCAGUCCUUCGCCUUAUCAUGGAAGGCUGCUACAACAAGUCAGGACUCCGACCCGGAUCAGCUGUUCCGGGAUGAAGCUAGAUGAGGAAAGUUCAAAUGGAAGCUUCAAGAAGGUUGGGAAUGUGGCGUGUGGUAUUCUUCUUACUUGGGCUGUUGCAUCAUCACCUGCAUUAUCAGCUAAUCAGAGGCUACCUCCUCUGUCUACAGAACCUAAUCGAUGCGAGAAAGCAUAUGUUGGCAAUACAAUAGGCCAAGCAAACGGUGUUUAUGACAAGCCAAUCGAUCUACGCUUCUGCGACUACACAAAUGACAAAUCUAAUCUCAAGGGAAAAUCUUUAGCUGCAGCUCUUAUGUCUGAUGCAAAGUUUGAUGGUGCAGACAUGACAGAAGUGGUAAUGUCCAAGGCUUAUGCUGUUGGAGCCAGCUUCAAAGAAGUAGACUUUUCAAAUGCUGUUCUUGAUCGUGUUAACUUUGGGAAAGCGGAUCUAAAGGGAGCCAUAUUUAGGAAUACAGUGCUAUCAGGUUCCACUUUUGAGGAAGCUCAAUUGCAAGAUGUAGUAUUUGAGGACACCAUAAUCGGCUACAUUGAUCUUCAGAAGCUCUGUAGAAACACGACAAUCAGUGAGGACGGACGACAAGUCCUUGGAUGCAGAUAAUGACUUUUAAUGAAGGGUGAGCUGUAUGUAUUCUUAUUUUCCUUGUCUACUAUUUGGCAUUCAUUUUCUACAUACCCUACCGAGUUUGAUUCAUUCAUACAGAAGGACAGUCAUAUUUAAGACAAACAAAAUGUGACUGACCCUCUAGUCUUGUAAGUUGUAAUUGUAUAUCAAUACUAAUUACUAGUCAAGUUAUAUACUUGGUUUUACCCCUUGCAAAA